UAAAGUAGUGUUUUCACGUGAAUCGAGUCAUUGAGAGUCAAAAAGAGUUCUGUGGUGCAAAGAGAAAGUUUUGGUGAAAACUGAAAAGGAUGGAUUCGGACUUUGGACUACCCAGAGAACUCUCUGAUCUACAAAAGCUCCGAUCCCAAUACAAGCCGGAUCUUCCUCCUUGUCUUCAGGGCACUACUGUCCGUGUGGAAUUUGGCGAUGCAACCACGGCUGCAGAUCCCUCUGGUGGACAUACAAUAAGUAGAUUGUUUCCUCACACUUUUGGUCAGCCAUUGGCUCAUUUUCUCAGGGCAAAUGCCAAGGUUCCAGUUGCGCAGAUAAUUACGGAGCACCCGGCAAUUAGGGUGGGGCUUGUUUUCUCUGGUAGACAAUCUCCAGGAGGGCAUAAUGUUGUAUGGGGUUUGCAUGAUGCAAUCAAAGUUCACAAUUCUAAAAGUACAUUGCUUGGAUUUUUGGGUGGUUCUGAAGGUUUAUUUGCACAGAAGACACUUGAGAUCACUGAUGACGUUUUGUCUACUUAUAAAAAUCAAGGUGGCUAUGAUAUGCUGGGGAGAACACAAGAUCAAAUUAGAACAACUGAGCAAGUUUAUGCUGCACUAACUGCUUGUACAUCUUUGAAAUUGGAUGGCCUUGUUAUUGUUGGAGGAGUAACAUCAAACACAGAUGCUGCAUAUCUAGCAGAGGCUUUUGCGGAAGCUAAAUGCCCAACAAAAGUUGUUGGAGUUCCAGUCACAUUGAAUGGAGAUCUAAAGAACCAGUUUGUAGAGACAAAUGUUGGUUUUGAUACAAUAUGCAAGGUUAAUUCUCAGCUCAUUAGCAAUGUCUGCACCGAUGCACUCUCAGCAGAGAAGUAUUAUUAUUUCAUCAGGCUGAUGGGGCGAAAGGCAUCACAUGUUGCCUUAGAAUGCACCCUUCAGUCACACCCAAAUAUGGUAAUUCUUGCUGAGGAGGUAGCUGCAUCAAAGCUUACUCUUUUUGACAUCACACAACAAAUUUGUGAUGCUGUGCAGGCCAGGGCGCAACAAGAUAAAUACCAUGGUGUAAUCCUAUUGCCUGAGGGUCUCAUUGAAAGUAUUCCUGAAGUAUAUGCUCUACUAAAGGAAAUUCAUGGUUUGCUCAGACAAGGUAUUUCUGCUGAUAACAUUUCCUCCCAAUUGUCACCGUGGGCAUAUGCACUUUUUGAAUUUCUGCCUCCCUUCAUAAGAAAGCAGCUCCUCCUGUAUCCGGAAUCAGAUGACUCAGCUCAGCUAUCUCAGAUUGAGACAGAGAAGCUUUUAGCUUUUCGUGUAGAAGAAGAAAUGAACAAACGAACAAAAGAAGGAAAGUAUACGGGGAAGAAAUUCAAUGCUAUUUGCCAUUUUUUUGGUUAUCAAGCUCGCGGAUCCCUGCCAUCGAAGUUUGAUUGUGACUAUGCUUAUGUUCUUGGCCAUGUCUGCUACCAUAUUUUGGCUGCUGGCUUGAAUGGUUAUUUAGCAACUUUAACUAACUUGAAGAAUCCUGUGAACAAGUGGCGCUGUGGUGCUGCUCCGAUAACUGCUAUGAUGACGGUUAGGCGUUAUGGUCAUGGUCCUGCUGCUUCAUCCUUUGGAAGGCCUGCUCUUCAUCCUGCUACUGUUGAUUUAAGAGGAAAAACAUAUGAGCUGUUGAGACAGAGUGCCACGACGUUCUUGUUAGAUGAUGUGUACAGGAAUCCAGGACCUCUUCAGUUUGAUGGCCCAGGUGCUGAUGCAAAGGCUUUAACUCUUUGUGUUGAGGAUCAGGAUUACAUGGGCCGUAUCAAAGAGUUGCAGGAAUAUCUUGAUAAGGUACGCACAAUCGUGAAGCCAGGCUGCACCCAGGAUGUGCUGAAGGCAGCUUUGAGUGCCAUGGCUUCUGUAACAAAUAUUCUCUCAGUAAUGUCAAAUGGCGGGAACACAAAUUUCUAAAGAAAGAGCAGGGCAGAGUUGGUCUAUCUUCAAGAAAUUGUGGCACACCACUUUAGGCUAUAGGUGGUGGAAAGCAAUUAGACUUUGGUGUUUGAGUAUGUCCUCAGUCCAAGACUUUUAGGCUCCGUCUUUUGAACCCUGAAAUUUUGAGUUGUGAAGAAAAUGGGUGGAUUAAAUCUGCAUUGUGAAGAAUAAUCCCUGUUUUUUAUAAUAAUCUAUUAGUAAUAAGAUUUAACAUUGGAAAUAAUGGAGUUGCUCCUGUUGUCUGUAUAGCUAUUGUGCCUGCCUGCUCCAAAUUCGUAUAGCCACAUCUCGGCCCAUUAGUUGAUCUCAGCCAUAUGAGCUUUAGGCUGCUUCAAAAGAAGGGUUGAGCAGCGGGCAGCAAGAAAACGAGGGUGAAAGUUUAGUUGCAUUUUGAUCCAUGCGAUUGGGUGACAUUUGUUUUUACACAAAAAUAUGAAGAAAAUAGAUGAAUUGUUUGGAAAGGGAACAGACACCCACACACAAAAGCACGCACUGCCUUACAUGUAUAGGAAGCGAUUAGAAAGGAUUCCCAAUAGAAAUGAAAAUAAGUUCUAAACCUUGAUAGCAAUGACCUUGUUGAUGAAAAUGAAUAUAUAAUUUUCUUGCAAUUUGAUAUGAAUAAGGAAGACAUUAAAUCUAAGUGAGAGC